CUAUCGACCGUCUUCCGAAAGACCCAGUAGACGGUCUUCAUCCGCCCCUGAGGACGGGAAAACGAGGCGAAAACAGUGACAGUUUUUGGAGAUUGCUGGAUUUGCUGAUGCUCAACUGCAGAAGGUAAUGAUGACAUCUAAGAGGUUCAUACACGUUUGUCUGUCAACAAUAGUGACUAUUUCUGUUUUUUGGUUUAUGUGGAUAAAUCAAAUUAUUUACGUAAACAAAAACACAAGGGACAACGGCGUCAAGACAGCCCCGACUACUACUAGAAUGGGUAUCGGGUACAAUGGCUUGCCUGAAUCCAUUGAGUUAUCGUUGGAGAUAAGGUAUGCAGUUGUGCAACAGAGAAAUUACAGUCUGACAACCGGCAAGCGAUUUGUGUAUCUCAUUAUGGGCCCAACCAAACGGGUCAUCAAAGGAUUAGAAGAAACUAAGAAACGGGACGUCAUUUGGAUGACGUUUGAAGAUAAGUCAGGUGACAUUUACGCCCCGGGCACAUCCCACAAUUCCGGGAGAAAUGUGCUUCUUAAUCACGCGGUCAACUUAGCGGCCCAAAUGAAAGACGGCGGUUAUCUCUAUUAUAUAUUAAUGGACGAUGACGUGGAGCUUUCGGUUAGGUCGGAUGGGCAGGUUAAUUGGAAAGCUUGGUCCAAGAUGGCAUCGGACCCUUAUCAGAGGUUUGAGGAGUUUCUUAUGUAUUACCAACCUGCUGUAGGAUACGUACGUUACCGAGAUAUGAGUAGUCAGUAUGUCAACAAACAAGAACCCGUAAACUUGAACUGGGAUUUCGACGAGUGUUUCAGUGCUUUUCACAAGGAUACACUAUCAUUUUUGCUACCGUAUGAUUUGCACCUAGACUAUGAAUCGUGGUGGUAUGGCGGCUGGAUAAUCCGUCAACUGGUGUCAAUGCUGUAUCACAGCUAUCGCAUGCAGUGCAACUCGCUGCGUGUUACGAAUCAUAUAUCAAAUAGACCUGUUUCGAAGGACAGAUAUAAGAAAGCUUUGGAUUUUGGAAAAACGCGGGACUACAUGUCGUCUGCCUUACUGACGAAUACCAAGACCAGUCCACCAAAGCGCAACACAUUAAGCAAGGCUCUUUUGAAAGGAACCUCUUCGCUCGGAAGUCCAGGUGCCUUUCGGCCGGGCCCUAACAUUAAGAUUCCUGGCCAACCGAAACUAAAAGGUAACCAUUCGUAUCUUGUGACGCCCGAUUUUAUCCUACAACACUGGGACCCUACCCAUCCCAUGAUUAAAAGGAAAUUAAAUUGGUUGCAAAAACCAGAAAUACAAAAAAUUCUCGGACUAGAUAACCGUCGUCUGCAGCCUUUUACACCUGACACUGUGUACUGCACCGCACCGAAUAAAUUUUCACUGACUAUAGAAAAAUGACAUCAAAUAAUUAAGAAAACGUAUAUGUUCGCAUCAGUGGACUUUCAAAUG